AUGAGAUAUAUGCUUACUAUGGAACAAAGGAACUAUUUGGGUUUACUGCUGCAUUUACAACCGACACAAAGUGUUAUUCAUUUCGUUGGAGAAGAUGGAUCAUUAAUGCUUUUAGAUCAUUUAAAACCUCAUAAGGAUGGAAACAACUCAAAUCUGUCUUUUUUGUCCAUUUUUUACACAAACACCCGAACAUAUGUUGGGGGCGGAAGGCUAUCACAGUCAAGAAGUUAUUUGAGAAUUAGUACAAUAGUUAUCUACAAGGAUUUCAACAUUAUAAAGAAAGAACACGAGUUUUAUAGAGAAAACAGGCAGAGCAAAAGUAUCCAGCAAGGAAGUGGAGCAGAUGCUACAAUAUUUUGAGAAGAAAGAGACAAAUGCAUGAGACUGCAAAGGCAUACAAUAGUAAUCGGGGAUUUCAAACUUUCUACACUAAUCGGUCUUGGUGCUUUUUGGAGAGGUCAAGCAUGUUCUAGCCAAAGAGGAUUUUGGUUAUAGUUAUAUAUACUUCAAGUGUAGGCACAUACGUUUUGUCUUGUCAACUCUACCCCCUAUUGGUAACAGUUUCACUUUUUGAAAUGAGAGGUGAAAACACUAUGUAUUGCCUUAAUUAUACACGCUUUCUUUCUUAUUGCUUAUCAAAACCAAACAAAUACAAACCUGGCCAUUAGAUAUCUCUUCCAGGCACAUCCUUGGAAUAGUUUUUAAAUUUUCUUUUCUUUUGAACCAUAUUGAUUUAUUUACACACUUUCUUAGUUAUUGAAUUGAACGGGGGAGGAAUUGACGCAUAAUGAUCUAACUGAUGGGAUGCAUGUAUGUAAACAUGCUGGAUGAUUUUCAAUUAUGUAAUGAUAGAGAUCUACAAGAAGAUUUAAGAGGAUGAGGUUUGGAGAUUUGAGAAGAUGAGACAACAUGCCACCAAAGUUGCUGAUAGCAUAUGAUUACAAAGUGUAUUAUGAUUUCCCUAUUUUCAAUGUACUUGGCCCCCAUAAAAUUGAGAUGAUAUGUGAACAACUUUAUUUGUAGUUUGAAAUUUUAUGUUAUAACA